AUGGCUUCAGUUAAACGUGCUCGAACCGAAGAGCCAGCAGCUAAAUUAGAUUUUUCAAAGCCGUGGAAGAUGAGCGAUGUUGUCCUGCUGGUAGAGGAUGAAAGAUUUCAUGUGCAUCGAAACGUGCUCGUGUUGUGGUCGCCGGUGUUCGAGAAAAUGUUGAACGCAGCUUCCAGGGAGAAGAGCAAAUCUGAAAUUUGGCUUGCGGGAAAAAACGCAGACAGUGUUAAAACUUUGCUGAUAAUGAUGUACCCGCCUGGAAACGAUGAGGUUACAUCUGAAAAUUACAGGGAGAUCUUGGAACUGGCAACGGAGUAUCAGAUCGCAUCUAUUGUUGAGAAGUGUGAAUGCUUUCUGGUAGAUGAGCUAAAUUUUGAUACGUUACAAAAAAGCAGCAAUCAUCAGGAUCCCAUUUCCUUGCUCAUUUUGGCACAGAAGUACGAGUUAAAGGAGCUGGAAAGUGUUUGUGUGAAAUAUGCUUCUCGAUACAACUUGAAAGAACUACAAGAACACGAGCUGUAUGAUUCAAUUGAGGAAGAAAAUUACACGAACAUUUUGGAAUCAAUCGUCUCCAGAAUGGACCAUGCUCGCGUCAGCUUACCGUCAAAGGAAACCUUAAAAGAAAUCAAAGCAAAGGGAAUCGAGAAUGUGGAUGCCAUUGUCAAGAAUUUGUUGAAACAUGCUUCGCACAAGAAUUUCUCCUCUGGUCGUGAGUUGAACACGCAGGACGAUGUGGAAGCGUAUCUUCUGGCGCUGAAGUUAGACAACACUCAUCACAGCUGCCCUGGUAAGGCCAAUGAUAUCUGCCCAGGACUCGGUCCAGUUUCAGUUCUACUCAAACAGCUUAAAGGAACUUUUGAGUCCCUUUAUUAAGGGUGAUAACAGCCAUUCUUCGUUUGCAACUUACAACGUGACAAGGCGGUCAUGUUGCAUGUUGUUACUCUAUAUUUUUGUUUUACAAAUACAUGAAAGCCAGUCGAGUAACUUAAGUGUCAACUAACACCAGCAGGUGGACAGGGGAGUACCAUCACCUUUUGGAUGAAUGAGGCUGAGUUUAUUGUGAAGAAUUAUUCAGAUCAAGAAAGGUUUUCAUUCACUGGCGCACCACAGGUUAACACAGAUAACACCUUGUUUGACCUGCAUAAUUCUUUAUAUCAGAAUAUCAUAUCGUAAGAAAAGCCAGAUUCCAUACAGUCAACUCUCAUCUUGUGGACAUUCACCAAUGAUAUUAGCUGUGGUCACACUACAGACUUUUACCUAGGUAAAACCGAUUUACCUAGGGCAAAAUCAUCAAAAAUCUCCCGAGGUAAAUUCAUCUUGGGUUUUGUUUUACCUAGGUAAAAAUUCUGGGAAGGUCACACUACUUAUAUCGGCUCCCAAAGUUUUCACGCCAGUUGAAUUUUUUGGAGCGUAAAUUCAAGACGGCAAAAAUAUGCGCAGGGAUCUAGCUGAUCAAAGAGAUGUUUUUUUUCUUUUUUCUCGCUGUUAUUUCUUACGCUAAUUCAACGUUCAAGGUAAAGAAAGGCGAAAAUGUAGACGAUUCGUGCGCACAAAAUUUCUUUCACAGCGUGACCUAUGUCCGGUUCUGUCAUCAAGACCUUCGCCCAUGAGCGUCUAUUGGCUAGCAACCUCGCUAUUUCAUUUUUCCCUAGCCAUUGCUUUGGGGUAGCUGUCAAGGUAAACUCUAUUGCAGGGUUCGCACAGUCUUGAAAAGUCCUUGAAUUUUAGGGGAAGUCCUUGAAAAGUCCUUGAAUUCCAUUUUUCCUUGAAAAGUCCUUAAAUUUCUGUGCAAGUCCUUGAAAAGAGCUUGAAUUUUCUUCAACUUUGAAUGCAGUAGCCUGGAAAGAAUUUUUUGAUGCUUUUUGGUUGUCCAAGACAGAAUAUAAAUCGUAGCUCAGUGAAUGUAAAGGUCAUUUACAUAAAGUGCUCCAUGUUUUAUGCAAUAAUUAACUAUCAGUUUAAGACAAGUGAACUGAAAAAUGUAGAGAAUUUGGUGAAGCAAACAGUUAAAGCCUUAAAGUCUUAUUAGAAUAUACUGGGAAUAUGCAUUUUUGUACAAUCUGUGAAAUUAUAUUCCUAGUAGGUUGUCCUUGAAAAUCUAAUGUGGUCCUUGGAAAGUCCUUGAAAAGUCCUUGAAAAAUGGUUGCAAUUUUUUGUAUGAACCCUGUAUUGUUUUCAAGACAUAUCCAAGAUCCAGACGAUAAAAUUUCCCCGAGGUAAGUUACCUAGGGAAAAAUUGGUCACACUUAAAAAAUCAAGUUUCCCUAGGUAAACUGUCAACAAGUCGUGUUUACCUCGGUAAAAAGUCUGUAGUGUGACCACAGCUAUUGACAUCAGCUAAAUCCCCAACAAAAAUGAAUAACAAACUGAAGAAACAUGUAACUUGGAUUCUUGAGAGUGUCCAAACUAAUGAAAGAUGACUGUAGCAGAUUAUUGUUUUAUUAUUGAUUUGAAAUAUUCCAAAGUUCUUAACACCCCUACAUCUACAUGUAUGUAGACUUUUGUUCCUUAGGCAGUUUCAGUAAUCCCAUGGUGGGCUUCAUCAUGGAUGGUCUUGGCAGGGUUUUUAAUAGAAUUUUGUACAGCCAUUGCUGUGCUGCUUAGAGGUGUAACACCUGGCAUGCUCCAUGAAUUGAUCUACUGGUCAAAGCCCUUCCCUUUGAAAGCCGUAAUCCUUACCUGUGACACUCAUGACAGGUGUUACUGGUUCAAUUGA